UGUAUAAUGUACAUGGGAAUUGUUGGAGUUGAACAGUGUCUAGUUGAGAUCAGGACACCCAAUGUUAAAGCCCUCUAUACGCUUAUUCCGUGUUUCAUCAUUGACAAAACGCGUUCAAAACUCCGUAUGACGCGCGAUCAUGGUCUUUUUCUGUGAUAAAAAUUAACUCAAAAUAGAAGCUCAUAAGCUCCGCGGGCAACUUGUGUUCAACACCAGCCUCGGAUACUUGAGCCAUUGCAAAGCCUGGGCAAAGGGUCUCACAAUUUUCAGAAGCUGACACCUACUUUUUUUCAAACAACUAUGCCGGGCAAAGGACAUAAUCAGUUGGAGGGACACAGGCAUCGACGAAAAUUUCAUCAUAUAUAGUAUUUCGAUAUGCAGAGGAAGAUGAAUCCGUCCAUGAAGGUGGGUAUGCUUGCAUUGGUGGGAAUAUGUUUGAUAUUCUACCAGUACCAUCUUUCAAUGAGAGUGAGACUAGAUCAAGUAACAGGCUUCACCUCUCCACUGGACGAUUCAUCCAAUCUACAAACUGGAGAAGAGUUUGAAGCCAGAAUCACAGAGGAAAUGAUUCGUACAGUAGUAGGGACAGUGCAAAAAAAUUAUGGCCUCAGUCCAGAUUUGGCAAAACAACUUAGACAGGAAUUUAUUAAUCAAUUAUUAAUAAGUAAAAAUAAUGGCCUCGCAAAUCAUCAAGAAACAACUGUCAAAAAUGUCUAUCAACAAUCCGAUGAAUCUUUAGACCCACUUUAUAUUGUAACACCAACUUAUCGACGACCAGAACAAAUAGCUGAACUUACAAGGAUGUCACAUACUUUGAUGCUAGUUAAAAAUGUCAUCUGGUUGGUUAUUGAAGAUGCAACUGUUACUACACCACAGGUCACCACAUUACUUAAAAGAACUGGUCUUAAAUUUAUUCAUUUAGUUGCCCCAAUGCCUGAGAAGUACAAGCAGAAUAAAGGAGCAAAGCCACGAGGGGUUUCUAAUCGAAAUCGAGGUCUACAAUGGGUGCGUGCAAAUGCAACAGAAGGAAUUCUUUAUUUCGCCGAUGAUGAUAAUACCUAUGACAUUGCUCUUUUUGACGAGAUAAGAAAAACAAAAAAAGUAUCAAUGUUUCCUGUGGGCCUUUGCACGAAAUAUGGUUUAAGUUCACCAAUUGUGAAAGAUGGAAAAUUUCAAGGCUUUUACGAUGGUUGGAUUGCGGGACGUACAUUUCCCGUUGACAUGGCUGGAUUUGCAGUAAAUAUUAAAUUUCUUUUGCAAAGGCCAAAUGCCUCGAUGCCCUACAAGGCUGGCUUCGAGGAGGAUGGUUUUCUCAAAAGUCUUGCGCCAUUUGAACCCAAAGAGAUAGAACUUUUAGCCGAUAAUUGCACAAAAAUACUUACAUGGCAUACGCAAACAAAAAAAAAUGAUCGUAGUGCACCACUAAAUAUGAAUCGUUAUCGCUCAACAAAUCUCGUUAAACUUAAACAACAAAUUGUAUGAUAUCAAAAAUUACGAUCCAAACAAACAUACAAAAACUCAAAGGAACAAUAAUAAUUAUUAUUAUUAAUUCACAUUUGUCUUCAGUACCUAAUUAUAAUUAUUUAUAUUUAUAUUUAUAUAUAUAUAUGGAUCAAUAAUAAUUCAUGAACGAGAUUUUGUGGCUAAAUCAUAUGAUUCUGUGCCUGAAAAUAAUUUUUCUCGAGGAGAAAAAGAAAAAAAAAAUUGGAGAAUACUGGGCGAUUAUUAAUAAAAGAAGAAAAAUAUCAGUUUGCAAUGUUGGUAUUUCUGAAUCGUUGGCUUUAAGAUUGUCCACUAAUUAUAAUCGUUGACAAAAAUUAAGGGUAAUUAAAAUCGUAUAUAUAUUCUUUAUUAAAUAAUUGUAUUAUUGAAAUAUUUUUUAUUUCUAAAUAAUAUAUAUUAAAGAAGGAAAUUUUAUUUUUCUACAAAAAAAAUUUAUCAAAAUAUUAUUUUUUUUUUUUUUAAUAUACGUAUUUAACAAAAUAUUAAAAUUUUAAAAUAAAUUUCAAUUCUGUUGAAUUACAUUAAAUUUUUAUGAAUCGAUUUAUGAUUAUUAACUUUUGAGAAUGAUUAUUAUCGAUGGACCAUCUUAAAUUUUUUCAAUGAUAAUUAUUUAAUUGCAGGGACGGACAUAAUAGAAGGCUAAUAAUCCUUCGUAUUUAAUAAUAAUAAUAAUAAUAAUAAUAAUUUAUCGUUAAAUACUGUUUGUUGAAAUGAGUGUUUUCACAGUCUUAUAAUAAGACUUAAAAUACUCUUGUUAUUAUUUUAUUGAGAAAGACUGUUAGUUUCUAUAAAAAGAAAAGGAGUGUUCUGAGGCUUAGAUUAAAUAUCCAUUGAUUCUCUUAAUAGAGAAAAAACAUUUUGCUACACUGCUCGAACAUUUGUUUCUCUGGCUCACAUAUUUUAUGAGGCAAAAGUUUUGAACGUUUAAAUGAACGAAAUUUUUUUUACAGCUUCUUUAAAUAAGAAUUUUAUUACAAAAUAUUGUUUUAAAUAUCUAAAAAGAAGUUAUUAAUUUAAUAAUUGUUUAAUUUACUGUUUUAUUUUAAAUUGCCAUCAUAAUUUUUAAUAAUUUAUAGAUUUAAAAAAAAUAUUUCGUUCAUUUGAACGUUCAGAACUUUUGGUUCACCAUAUAUUUUUUUUUUUUAUGCACAUUUCUUAAUUGUAAUAUAUUAAUUUAAUUUUAAUUAGGUACUUACCUUGAGUUCCUAUAUAAGCUGCGAGUCCGUUCCUGCAUAAAAUCAGUCCUAGUCCUUAAUUUUAGAAACGAUAUAUUUCUUUCCUGCUCACAUCAUCACAAAAAUCUGAAACUAAAAAGAAAAAACAAUUAAAUUAUUGGUGCUAAUUAUAACAUAAUCAAAUAUGCAGAGAAUGAUAUUAUGUCUUGUUUCUAUUAUUAGGACUGAGGUAAAAGUAGAUUUUUGCAAAGAAAAAUUAGAUAGGAUCGUAAGUUUUCCAAUUAUAUACAAUAAUAUCACAAUGAGAAAAGAAUUAUUCAAUUUGACAUUAUAAAGUUGAAUUUUAACAAUUAAUAUUUAAUUAGAAAAAAAUUUACAAAAUUGAUUAUAGUAAAAAUAAAAUAAUGGAAUAAAAAAUUAAAUUUAAUUAAUUAAUAUUCAACUAUUUUGUCAGAUUGAUUAAUUUUUUGUCUCCAAGCGUAAUAAUUAUAUUGCUCUAUUAUCAUAAAAGACAGUUUAUCAAAUAGACUCUUUUUAAAAUGAUGAACAAUGACCAAUAAUUGUAAAACAUCACGCUUUAGUGAUAAAUCUAGAAAUCCUCAUGGUCUAAUUGUUGAGUCUUUUCAUUAAUAAAAAUUAAUAUACCUAAUAUUUAUUUCUAUAAACAACAUUUACGUUCAAAUUAUUGUAUUAUAAAAAUGCAUAUUAUAUAAGCCAUAUUAUUUAUUUAUAAGAUGUUAAUCUCUUAUAAUUAUAUACGUAGGUAAAAUAUUGACAAUUAAUUAGAAAUAAGAGGCUGUGGAACGAAGCAACGUAAAGAGCUUGGAAAUUUUUUUUUAUUUUUUUUAUUUUUAUUCUCCAAUCUUCCUGCAAAGCAGUAUUAUUCACUCUUUCCAGUAUUUUCAAAGUAAAUAAAAUUUAAAAAAAAAAUUAUUAUCAUUGAUAAUUAAUUCAAUUUUCAAGUUGAUUAUUGAUUAAAUAAUAAAUUUAAUGAUUAAUCAGUGAAAAAAAAUUUAAUUAAUGGAUAAUUAUCUGUUCAAUUAAUCAAUUAUUAAUUAAUUAAAUUUAUUAUUUAAUUAACUAAUUAAUAACAUUAAUAACAAAAAAUGAUCCGUUAAUUUAUUUUUCAAGUUUUUUUGCUCUUUGAAAAAAUUUUAUAUACUGGACAAAGUCUUGUUUUAUAAAUUGACGUCAAGAAUAAUAUAUUAUAUAUUUUCAAAGAAAAUAUUUCGUGCUCAUCUGAAUUUUAUGCACGAAAUUUAAUUGUACAGUUUAGAUGUAAUUUUAUUUAUACCUUUCUUAUAUAUUUCCAAGAAGUAGAGAGAAAGCUUUUAUUUAUAAUAAUGAAAAUCUAUAAGGGAAAACUGUACAUUGUAAAAAUUGGAGACGAAAAGCAUUUUUUCAGUUUUUAGAAAAAUUUACUCUUCUCUUGUUCCAAAUAUGUAGAAAAAAAACACACUUUCUAAUUAACUGAAUAUUAUGAAAAUUAGGGUUUAAAAAAAUGCUUUGAAAUUUUUAUCUCUUUAUCCUCUCUCUCUCUCUCUCUAUCUCUCUCCUUUUUCUAAAUUUUUCCCAUUUUCUUCGCUAAUGCUAUACAUUUUUCUUAAAACGAAAAAUAAAUCCUGCAUAAAAUAUCAAGCCAUAAUAAUGUUAAACAAAAUUAUAGAUAGAAGCCGCCUUUAACAAAAUGUUAAUCAUAUUUGAUUAAAAUUAAGUGCAUUAUUAUUAUUUUUGCGAGAAAAGUCUAGAAUCUUGAAAAUUAUAAUUUUUAACUAAAAAAAAUUGUUUUUGUACAAAUGUCAUUUUAACACAGACUGCGAAUAUGCUUCUAGCAUUUUAAGAGUUAGGAAUUUAUAAGUGAGAAAGUUGGAUUUAAAAAAAAAUUAAUUAAAAAUUCAGAACGAUCAUUAAUUUAUUAUAAAUUAUUUACAUAAAAAUUAAAUUUUUUAUGUUAAAUAAUGUAAAUUAUAUUUUUUUAGUAGUCAAAAUUUGUCACAACCUGAUAAUAUUAAAAAUUGACAAAUUCAAAGUGCAAAAUAAAAUUUUCUUUAAAAAUUUUUUAUCAUCAUAUAAAUAAUAAAAAAAAUUAUUUCAGAAAAUUUUAAUAAAUAGGUAAUAAUUAUUUAAAGUAUUAAUUUGUAAAGAAAAAAAAAAUUGGGCGUUUUUGAAAAGAUCAGAAGCGAAAAGAAAAAAUCAUGAAAAUAUCAAUUUCGAAACGUGUAUCAUAAAUGUAUUAUACUUAUAUGUUGAAACGAGUGCUGCGAUGAUAGAAAAUACUUACACACUGAGUAAUGCUAGAUUUAAAUUAUAUUUAAGACUUCUUUAUAAGAUGUAAAAAAAAGAAUAAAUCAUAGAACUUUGCUUAGUAAUGAA